AUGGAAGACUUGGAAAUAAAGCAGGCAUUAUUUAAAAAAGAGAAUGAACAAAAUAAUGAAAAAUGUGAAUUUUGUAAAACAAGAUAUAGAAAAUUCAUAAAUAAAUUUUUAUCUUGGGAAAUAGUUUUAUUAUUAACCCAUAUUUUGGUUUUCUUAAUAAUAAUUUAUAAACUAAUUAUGGACAAAAAAUUAAGAUCCUCCAAUAAUAAACUUUUUAGGUCAUUUAAUAGUAUAGGACAUUUUACACAGGGAUUUCUGUUUGUAGUACUAUUAGUUCCAUUUAAAUUUACAAAGAAAAUUACAAAAUUUCUAAUUAAUACUUCUGAAAAAAAGGAUAUCCAGGAAAAUGUUAUGAGAAGAAAUGUUGAUAUUGAAAACAGUAAUAAAUCGAUUAAUAUCACAGAAGAAAAAGAGAUAAAAUUUGAUUCUAAUGAAGAAGCUAAUUCAAUAACGAAUAACGAAAACCUCAUUGAUAAAAAUAAAGAUGAUGAAUUAACUGAAUAUCUUUCAGAUGAAAAUAAAUUAGAAAAAAAAAUAUCAUUAGAAGAAAACAGUACACAGGAGAAAAAAAAAAGAGUCUAUUUUAACGAAAACAUUUCAGUUAAAGAAGGUUAUAUAAAUAAUGAUAAAAUAAAUAAAAAUACAGAAAAUUCUGUAUGUGACUCAUUUGUUAAUAAACUAGUUUUUUGUGACAAUGUACCAAACUAUAAAAAAAAAGAAAUUGAAUAUUUUUUUUUAUGUGCAAAAUUAUUUUCAUCAAACAAGAGUUACAUUUUAUUUGUAAUAAAGUAUGUAACUUCCUUCAUAUUGAUGUUUGCAUAUCCUUUAUAUAAUUUAAUCAAGAGAAAAAUCCUUUAUAAAUAUUUUUAUUUUUCAUCCUAUUAUAUUAAUUUAUAUGACUUUGCAUCAGGGUUAUCAGUAGGAAGUUCAUUAGUUUUAAUUUAUGGACUUACAAAAUUUUUCAUUAGCUAUUUUGUUAAGAGCAAAAAAGGCGAAACUUUUAAGUUUUAUGAUAAUUAUGCUUUUGUAAAUGAUAUAAACUGCUUAUGCGAUGAAAAUAUAAAGAUAAAUGUAAAAAAUAAUCCAUAUUUAAAAAAUAUCACUAUGAAUUAUUUUAAUUCAUAUCACAAUUAUAAAAAUCUUCUUUUUGCUGGACUAAUAAUAUUAUCGAUCAUAUGUAUUUUUUCUUUUGGUUUUUCAUUUAUCUCUCUUAACACUUAUAAGUUAAGCAUAAAAUAA